AUGGGCGUUGUAUUCUGCUUGAUGGAAUUCCCAACCAUAUGUGUCUUGGUUUCUUUCACCCUUUUGCAUUGUUGUUUAUUAAUCAACCUGCAAAUUGCUAUCUUAUUAGGUAUAGCAAGCUUUGGAGUUGGUGGAAAUGAAACGGAUCAACAAGCUUUGCUGGAGUUCAAAGCCAAGAUCAGUAGUGAUCAGCUUGGGGUCAUGCAUUUGUGGAACAAUUCAGUCCAUUUCUGCCAUUGGCCUGGAAUUACAUGCAUGUUGAAUCUUCAAAACAAUAGCUUCAGCCGUGAAAUCCCACAAGAUGUUGGCCGUUUGCGUAGAUUGCAAGAGUUGAAACUUUCCAACAACUCCAUAGUUGGUGAAAUUCCUUCCAAUAUUUCUGGUUGCUCUAAACUCAGAGUUAUUAAACUUUCAAACAACCAACUAGUUGGAGAAAUUCCUGUUGUUAUUGGCAGCUUGUCAAACCUAAAGGUAGUUAUCUUUAUACCACAACAGUUUAAGCGAUUGAGUAGUGCUAUUCCUGAAACUCUUGACCAUCUCGCAAAUCUUACAUUUUUUUCUGUGGCAGAAUAUGAACUUUCUGGUCUUGUUCCUUCCUCACUUUUCACUCUGUCCAAUCUAAAAGUUCUUGAUAUUGGCUCAAACCGAAUUGAAGGUACUCUUCCUUGGGACCUACGAUUCACCAUACCAUCUCUUGAAGUACUUGCUGUCAGUAAUAACCAACUCUCUGGGUCGUUGUCUGCUUCAAUAUCCAAUUCCUCAAAUCUCAUACAACUUGAAGUUGUGCUAAACACGUUUACUGGAAAUUUGCCUUCCUUCGACAAGCUGGAAAAGCUGCAGUGGUUUGCCAUUGCUGGCAACCUUCUUGGAAGUAGGAGAGCCGAUGACUUUAACUUUCUUUGCACCUUGACCAAUGCCACAGGCCUACAGGUAUUGUUGUUUUUCCCAACAAUAAUACCUGAGUGCAUAAGCAAUUUGUCACAUUCCCCCUAUAAUCGGAAUGCUCCAGAAGCUACGAGUAUUCGAUGUAAGAAAAAAUUCUCUGUCCGGAAAUGUCUGAUUUCAUUGGAUCUUUCUAAUAACAACCUUAGCGGUUCUAUACCCCCAGAAUUAUUAGCUGGUCUCUCAUCCUUGUCCAUUGCUCUAGACUUAUCUUCAAAUCAUUUGACUGGUGUACUUCCCACUGAAGUAGGAAAUUUGAAAGUUCUUGGUGCAUUAGAUGUUUCUCGGAACAUGUUAUCAGGUGUGCUUCCAAGCACUCUUGGAAGUUGUAUUAGACUGGAGGAACUAGUUCUAGGGGGCAAUUUUUUCCGAGGGUCUAUUCCUAACUCUUUGAGUUUAUUGAGAGGACUUGUAGUUUUAGAACUUUCUCACAACAACCUCUCAGGUGCUGCACCAACUGAAGGAAUUUUUAGGAACUCAAGUGCGACUUUCAUUCAGGGAAACAGUAAGCUCUGUGGAGGCUCACCUGAUUUCCACUUGCCUAAAUAUAAAAUUUCGUCGAGGAGUAGAACCAGCUUGCCAGAAAUAAUAACUGUUAUUGUUUCUGGAAUUAUAGGAGAAGAAAAGAAAGCAGCCUACAGCGAACUAUUUGGGAAAUUCACCUUUACAGUUAUCUUACCAAAGCACCUAAAAGCUGCCGACAGGUUUUCAUCAGCAAAUUUGGUAGGUGCCGGUAGCUUUGGCUCUACAUUAACUGCCUGCUCGAGUGUUGAUUAUCAAGGCAAUGAUUUUAAGUCUCUUGGUUAUGAGUUCAUGGUCCAUGGAAGCCUAGAAGAUUGGCUGCAUGCAUCUGUUGGCACGAACAUAGCAGAGGAGGCACCAAAGAAGUUAGAGUUUUCUCAGAGAUUGAAUGUUGCUGUUGAUGUUGCUUGCGCAUUGGACUAUUUUCAUCAUCAUUGUGAAACAUUAAUUGUUCAUUGUGACCUCAAACCAAACAAUAUUCUAUUUGAUGAUGAAAUGGUUGGCAAUGUAGGUGACUUUGGAUUAGCAAAAUUCAUGUCAGCCGAUAUGCAAAAUUACUCUACAAGCCUAUCAAGCUUAUUAAGAGGAACUAUUGGUUAUAUCGCACCAGAAUAUGGCUUGGGAAAGAAAGUAUCUUCCUGUAGUGAUGUGUACAGCAAUGGCAUCCUUUUGUUGGAGAUGUUUACUGGGAAGAGGCCGACCGAUGACAUGUUUAAAGAGGAUUUGAACCUCCGCAACUACGUUAAGCAAGCUUUGCCAGAAAGAGUGGCUGAGAUUACAGAUCCCAUUCUUCUUCAGGAAAUAGUCAAUCAGAGCAAGCAGAGAGUUGAGAGAUUCCUUCAAUGCUUGAUUUCAAUAUUUGGUAUUGGAGUCACUUGUUCUGCUAAAUCGCCAAGCGAGCGAAUGAACAUGACUAAUGUUACAGCGGAGCUUUGUUCUGUGGGAGAUAAGCUUCUUCCAACUCGAUUACCCCAUUGA